AUGCUGGGGCGGCUGCUGGGGUACGGCCCCGGUCUGUGGCGGCGGGUGGCUCGGCCAGUCCUGCACCCCACCAGAGCCGUCGGCGACAAAGUGAAGAGCGCGCAGGACGUGGCUUUGCAGACGGCUAACCCAGGUUACAAAGCUUUCAAAAAUGACAGAAGGCCUACAAAUUUUGAUAAAAAGGUGUUAAUAUGGGCAGGACGCUUUAAAAAGGAGGAGGAAAUUCCCAAGCACAUAUCGUCUGAGGUCCUCGACGCAGCAAGGAACAGCGUCAGGAUAAAAGUUUGCUACAUCAUGAUUGCACUGACCUUGCUGGGCUGUUUGGCCAUGGUAAUCACAGGCAAAGAAGCUGCUAAAAGAGAUCACACGCUGCUGAGGAUGAACAUAGAAAAGAAGGCCAAAUGGAGGGCUGAAGUGGAGAAAGAUGAGGAGGCAGCUGUUGGGAAGCCACAAUGAUUGGGAACAGACUUAUUUUAACAGCAGGAGAUAAGUGAUUUGCACACAUGGCAUAUGUACCUGUCUUCAUUUACCUCUUUGGGGCUUUUUCACUGAAACUCUAGGGGCAAAGACUUCACUGCUUAAAAACUGCUCCAUACAAACUGGGAAACUCCUGUGGAAACUCCAGCAGCUGCUUUCUGUGGCCUCUGGUCUUUGGCACUGGGUUCUGCUAAAAUACAGAAAUCUCUUCUAAACUGGAAAGUGUGGGAAGGACAGAUGCAGGACUCUCCAGCUCAGGAUCAGCUUUUCAUCGUGCUGCUGAUGCUCAGUGUGGCCAUGGGGCUGUCUCCUCGCAGCCAGGAAGGAUUUGGCCCUACAUCAGAGAGCAUCCCAUUCUGUGCAAUGCCGCUGGCACAAACAGCCUUGGCCAAAGUGACCCAGAGCAGGCGGAAAAGGAGUCUGAAAUAUGUUUUGCAAGCACAAAGAAGUCAAUUGUCUCUACCUCUGAGCCUGCUGCCAUCACUGUCCCCUCUCCCUCCCCAGCCCCUCGCGGGGUCCCGUGGCCAGGGGAGAGGGGGGACAUGAGCAUGAAGAGGGGCUGGGAAGAUGGUGGGGUGUGAGCAGACCCUGACGACUGAUUGGGGCCAAAAGGGGCUUUGGGCCAGAGGAGAUGGCAGUGAUGUGGAGUGGUAGUGUGGUCAUGUGGAGUCGUUUCGUUGC